AUGUCCGGCGGGGCCCCACUGCCACCGUCGCAGAUGGACUUACAGAAGGUCGUGGAAGUGCAGUUUGAGAUGUUUAAGGAAAAGCAGAUUAAAGACUACGCCGUGUGUCUCGUGGAGCACGCCAAGUCGUAUGAGCGCGGCCAACCUGUGCGUGGGGGCAUUAAUGAUCUUCGCAUGGGAACCACCGACUUUGAGUUUGCCUGCGAGACGUGUCACCGAAAGCACCCGGAGUGCCCCGGUCACUUUGGCUACAUUGACCUUGCGGAACCUGUUUUUAACAUCGGCGUCUUUGACAUCGUGCUGCAGGUACUGAAGUGCGUCUGCAAGUCCUGCGGCGCACUCCUCAUGGACACCAACGACCCGCAGGUGCACAAGAAGUUGCAGCACCUCACCGGCGUGAAUCGCCUGCGCCAAGUGGUAAAGAUGUGCGGCAUGAAAUGUCGCAUGUCAACGGAUGCCACAACGCCCGAGGAAGCGGUUGUGGCGCGCGGGUGUGGCGCAACGCAGCCUCGCAUUGGCCGCUACCUCGGCAUCUACCCAACCCUUAUCAUCAAGGCAACGCUGGAGGAGCAGGACAUGGUGUGGCACGCGGACACCGCGCGCCAAGUGCUCGACCGUGUCUCCGACGAGGACGCGCGGGUGAUGGGGUUUGACGCGUUGCGCUGUCACCCACGCGACCUCGUGCUGACGGUCCUGCCGGUGCCACCGCCGCAAGUGCGGCCCGCCAUAUCGUUUGGCAGCCUCAAGUCGGACGACGAGCUCACGCAUCAGAUUAUGUCAAUUGUGAAGCGCAAUAAUCAGCUGCGGAAGGACAAGGAGUCUGAUGUGCAGGUGGCAGUGGACCGCAGUCGCGCGCUGCUGCAAGAGCAUGUGGCCGCGUACUUCAACAACGCUUCCAUGUACUACAAGCCAACGAAGGUGAACGACACGAAGAAGCUCAAGUCACUGACGGAACGUCUGAAGGGAAAGUACGGCCGUCUACGCGGGAAUCUGAUGGGCAAGCGCGUGGAUUUUUCUGCCCGAACUGUCAUUACAGGCGAUCCGAACAUUGACGUGGAUGAAGUUGGUGUGCCCUUCUCUAUCGCCAUGACGCUUACCUUUCCGGAACGCGUGAGCGCGGUCAACAAGAAGCGGCUUACGGAGUUUGUGCGUCGGCCGGUAUACCCCUCCGCAAACUACAUUCAUCACCCCAAUGGGACCACUACCAAACUGGCGUUGCGGCGCGACCGUUCGAAAGUGACGCUCAACAUUGGCGACGUCGUGGAGCGGCACGUCAUAAACGGCGAUGUUGUGCUUUUCAACCGGCAGCCCACACUGCACCGUAUGAGUAUGAUGGGCCACCGUGUGCGGGUGUUAAAUUACAACACGUUUCGUCUGAAUCUCUCGUGCACAACGCCGUACAAUGCGGAUUUUGAUGGUGACGAAAUGAAUCUGCACGUGCCGCAGAGUCUUCUCACGAAGGCGGAGCUUAUUGAAAUGAUGAUGGUGCCAAAGAAUUUUGUGUCGCCCAACAAGUCUGCUCCGUGCAUGGGCAUUGUCCAGGACAGUCUUCUCGGCAGUUAUCGGCUCACGGACAAGGACACGUUUCUUGACAAGUACUUUGUGCAGAGUGUUGCUCUCUGGUUGGACCUGUGGCAGUUGCCCGUGCCGGCCGUGCUAAAGCCGCGACCUCUGUGGACAGGAAAACAGGUCUUUUCGCUCAUUCUUCCAGAAGUGAACCAUCCGGCGACGCCGCAGGAGAGACCGCCGUUCCCGCACAACGACUCCAGCAUUAUGAUACGACGGGGGCAGCUGUUGUGUGGGCCCAUCACGAAGGGCAUCGUUGGCGCCGCCCCGGGAUCUCUCAUUCACGUCAUUUUCAACGAACGCGGGUCGGAUGAAGUGGCUCGCUUUAUCAACGGCGUGCAGCGCAUCACGACAUUUUUCCUCAUCAAUUUUGGUUUCAGUGUCGGUGUGCAGGACACGGUCGCGGAUGCGGACACGCUUCGGCAGAUGAACGAGGUCCUGGUGAAGACGCGUGAGAACGUCGAAAAGAUCGGUGCGGCGGCCAACAACCGCACUCUCAACCGAAAGGCUGGUAUGACGCUUUUGCAGUCCUUUGAGGCGGAUGUGAACAGCGCGCUGAACAAGUGCCGCGAAGAGGCGGCCAAAAAGGCUUUGAGUAACGUGCGCCGUACGAACAGCUUCAAGGUGAUGAUUGAGGCGGGCAGUAAAGGGACGGAUCUGAAUAUCUGCCAGAUUGCUGUUUUUGUCGGCCAGCAGAACGUUGCCGGCAGCCGAAUCCCAUUUGGCUUUCGCCGUCGCACACUGCCACACUUCAUGUUGGAUGACUACGGUGAAACCUCGCGAGGCAUGGCAAACCGCGGGUACGUGGAAGGGCUCAAACCACACGAGUUCUUUUUCCAUACGAUGGCGGGUCGAGAGGGACUUAUUGACACGGCCGUCAAGACAUCUGACACAGGGUACCUGCAGCGUAAACUUAUCAAGGCACUCGAAGACGUUCACGCCGCGUACGAUGGCACUGUGCGCAACGCUAAUCAAGAACUCAUUCAGUUCAUGUAUGGCGAGGAUGGCUUGGACGGGGCUCGUAUUGAGGGCGGGCAGCUCUUCCCUCUUCCAUUUCGUGACAACAAAGAGAUGGAAAGUACAUACAAGUACGAGUACGACGAGACAGGUGCAUUUAACGAGAAAGUGGGCGGUGCGUACAUGGACCCGCAUGUAAAAAAGAUGCUGCGUGCAGAUCCGGAGAACGUGCGGAAACUGCAGAGUGAGUUUGAUCAGCUUAUGGCCGACCGUGACUGGGCACGUCGAAUGAUGGACUUGGAGGAGCGGGAGAAGUUGAAGCUGAACUUACCCGUGAACAUUGGCCGCCUCAUUCAAAACGCACGGAGCACCAUGGGGAAGCGUAGUCAAGUCUCUAAUCUCAGUCCUGUCACCAUCAUUGACCAUGUGCGGAAGCUGCAGGAAGACAUGCUCAAAUUGUUCCCGUGCUACCACAAGGGCGUGGACGGCCGCAUCCACAACUUGCUUAGCCGUCAGCGCAUUGAGAAUGCCUUGACACUCUUCAGCGUCCACUUACGGCAACUGCUUGCCUCCAAGCGGGUGCUACGGGAGUAUAAACUUAAUGAUAAGGCCUUUGAGUAUUUGUUGAAAGAAAUACGUACAAAGUACCUUCAGUCUCUCGUCUCACCUGGCGAAAACAUUGGGGCAAUUGCGGCGCAAUCCUGCGGUGAGCCAGCAACGCAGAUGACACUUAAUACAUUUCACAAUGCGGGCAUUUCCUCCAAAAAUGUCACACUUGGCGUUCCACGGCUACUUGAGCUCCUUAAUGUGUCGCGGCAUCAGAAACAUGCGAGCAUGAACGUCUCCCUAUACCCGCCGUGGGACAAGAAGCGUACCGCACAGCAGGCUCAACACCUAAUUGAGUACUGUACAUUGGAAAGCGUCACAAAACGCAUCCAGUUUAUUUACGAUCCUGAUCCACGUGAGACGGUUGUGGAGGCAGACCGUGCCAUCUUGGAGCUGGAGUGGAGCGUCAUGGAUGAGAGCGACGAGCGGGCACGACUCCAGGAGGUGGAGAACGGCUCCCCAUGGAUUGCAAGACUUGAACUUGAUGCCGACAUGUUUGUGGAUAAGGCACUUAAUAUGAAGGACGUCAAGCAGGCAAUUUUGCGUGUGGACGAUGGGUAUGUGAUAGAGACAGGUAUGGCAAACGACACAAAGGAGCGCACCAUACGUAUGCGACCCAAGAAGAAUGAUGGGGUGGACUCCAUUCCCCGGCUGAAGCAUGCCAUUCCGGAGCUGCUUGCGCGUGUGCAUCUGCGUGGUAUUCCUGGCGUGCGGAAGGCACUGUUGAAAGACAGGACAACGUUUACAGUGGACCCCGCCACAGGGAAGAUGACAGGUGAGAAGACUUGGUUGAUUGACACAGAUGGGACCGCGCUGCGCCGUGCCUUCAUUGGCAUUGUGGACGAGAAGGGUAAUAAUAUUAUUAACGCCACCCGGACAAGUAGCAACAAGGUUCCCGAAGUCUGUAGCCUUCUUGGCAUUGAGGCGGCACGCUACAAGAUGCUGCAUGAGUUGCGUGAGGCUUACCUUGCCUACGGUCUUAACAUCAACUACCGUCACUACACCAUACUGGUGGACACGAUAUGUCAGCGGGGUUAUCUGAUGGCCGUUUCACGCGUUGGUAUUAAUCGCUCGGAAAUGUCGGGACCUCUGAUGCGCUGUUCGUUUGAGGAAACUGUGAAAGUUCUUAUGGCUGCCGCGGCUUUUGGUGAGCGAGAUCCUGUGCGUGGUGUAUCAGCAAACCUUGUGCUUGGUAAUCAGGCUCGUAUUGGCACGGGUCUCUUUGAUCUCGUGUUGAAUAUGGCGGCGCUGCAGCAGGCGGUGCCUCAGGAGGAUGCCGUGGCGCCCGGCAAGGAAGUGAAUGUCUACCACGGCCUUGCCUCAACGCAGAACCUACCGUCAUCCAUGCCCUACCGCGCAAAGGAUCAUGAGACCACACCAUUUGUAAAUGACGCAAGCCUUUUCUUCCGUGAGGGUGUUGGCGGCAGCUCCUCCGCUGCUCCUUUGACAGCAUCAACACUUUAUGGUGGUAUGCAUGAGGCGAGUGCGGUGCACUUCAGUCAGGCGUACCCUGCGAUGGGCAUGUCGGAUCAGCGAGUGCGGGCCUCAAGCGUCUCGCAGCCAUACAGCGUCAUGUCGUCGGCGAGCGUAUACAACCCUGCCUCUAUGCAAGUGCCUUCGGCGUUGCCCAGCAGCGUGGACUACAGCGAGGCCUCUUCCUUCCACAUUCAGUCCAGCAUGGCAAUGCCGUCGGUUCCCUCUUCACCGCAAUUUGAAGCGCCACAGGCAUUUGGUGGCGGUCGAUUCGGCGGUCUCUCUCCGGCAUACGUGCCCUCUGUUAUGUCGAGUGUGGCGACACAGCCGUAUCAAUGCGUCGGCGACUCGGAAUCCCAGCAGUCCGCGUCUUAUGUGCCGACUCUGUCGCCCGCCUACUCUGCCUACACGGCACGGCGUUCCGUGGUGGCGUCACGUGCCAGCGCCUCUCGUGUCGAUCAGCAGUCGCAGCAGCAGGAGGACGACUCUGCAAGUUACUUACCGAAGUCGCCGGGAUUGCACGGGUUACCACCUCCAGUUGGUGAGUUCUCUCUAACAGAAGAUCCGGAGGAGGAGGAGGAAGGGCACCAGUAG